AUGGGAGCAGAGGGAGGAAAAGGAGGAGAGGAGGAGGAGGAGGAGGAGGAGGAGGAGGAGGAGGAGGAGGAGGAGGAGGAGGAGGAGGAGGAGGAGGAGGAGGAGGAGGAGGAGGAGGAGGAGGAGGAGGAGGAGGAGGAGGAGGAGGAGGAGGAGGAGGAGGAGGAGGAGGAGGAGGAGGAGGAGGAGGAGGAGGAGGAGGGCGACGGUGGCGACGACCACGAACACUGGCAGCGGCAAGAAAGCAGUACCCGCCUUUGCAUGCUGCCUGCUGCAGCUUCAGCAGUACUUGCCCCUGCAAACGCACUACAAACGUUCUCACACUCUCCCUUCCUCACACUACCUCACUUUCACUCCCUCACACCCCAUCCAUCCGCAUGGCAGUCACACUCCCACUCACCCCACUUACAAGAUCCGUUUUUAGUCUCCUCGUCUCCUACACACUCCCAGCCAGAGCCGCUCUCACCUGCUCCUUCGCCCCUGUGCAGUAGUGCCCCCCUGUGCAGUAGUGCCCCCCUGUGCAGUAGUGCCCCCUGUGCAGUAGUGCCCCCUGUGCAGUAG